CUUUUCAAGGUCGUUGAUAGGAAAAUGAGGAGCUGCUGAUCUGUUUCCAUCUCAUUAAAUAAAGGAUGAUCAGAGAUGAUGUGCAGAUAAUUGUUUUGUGUUUCCUCUGCAGGUGAAGGGAGAAAGUGUGUGUGAGCUGAUGUGAAUUCAGCAGCAUGGAUCAGUGUGAGGACAGAGAGGAGGGAGUCCCUCCCUCUAAAACCACUCUGUGUGGUGAAGAUGAGAGCCAGAGCAAAGGUCAGAGGAGGGAGAAAGUCACACUUAAAAACAAGCAUGAAUUUAGGGACCUGUCCUUCAAAAGCCAUGAGUCAAAGGAUAUGUGGUGGGAUUUUAAAUCAGAUCAACCUCCACCACCAGAGAGGACCCAUCAGAAAUUCCAACUUCAACCUGAACUUGAACCACAGCCUGACCUCAUGUCAGUUGUGAGCGAGAGCUCUUAUGAUUUUCAUAUUGACUUUGAAUCUUCUGGACCCUCCUCAGAAAGAAUGAAGAAUGUUACAGCUGAAAGUGAGCACACAUACCAGAAUGUGUCCUUUAAAAGCCAUGUUUCAAAGGAUCUUUGGUUUGAAUUUAAACAAAAUCAACCUUCAGCAUCAGAAAGAGUGGAUCAUCACUAUUCUGAUGAUCCCAGAAGUCAAGCUGCCCACAAUGAAAUGCAGCUGGACUCCAUAUUUAAGGUCAGUAAAUGUACAAAAUCUACUUUUUUGUUUGUUCUACUUACGGUAUUCGCCAUUCAGAUUCAGUUCAAAUCAGAAGUACUUUAUUGAAAUUAAAUGUUGGAAGUCACAUUGUUCAAAGUUCUUCAAAGAGAUGGUGAUGGCUAUUGGCAGGAAAGAUCUCCUGUUAAGAAGUGUAUAAGAUAGAAUCUUAAGAAGCUUCCAACCGGAAAGAUAGAGGGAAGAAUUUAACAUUAAUCUGGAACACAACACUUAAAAUUAAAACCGAUUCAGAAGCAUUAAAAGAGAUUUUGACUAUGCCUUAUAUAUGUAGCAAGUAUACAUGUUUGGGAAGUUCUUGAAACUGUCCCAAAUGUACGUUAGCCACAGGGACUGGAUUUCAUUACUUAUGUGAGUGUGAAAUAUAGAGGCAUUUUGGCAGGCAGAAUGUAGAAAAAUAGCUCUGCUACAGGGCAAACCCUUCCCUCAGUUCUGUGUCUCCUUGGACUCAUACCCAGCCACCUGCCACAAAGAGAUUAUACAAUUCCUACUGAUGUUGGCUAGAAACUAUAUAGUGCUUAAAUGGGUUGGUUGCGGUGCCCCUUCGAUCCAGAAAUUCAAACUUAAUUUCUGAAGUUAUUGUAUUAAAAGAACUGAGAUAUUGUCUGAAU